UCUUUCUUCAGAGAAAUCUCUAGCUUCAAUGGAUUCUUCAGAGUUUUUCCCGAAUUCAAUAUUCGACAAGGAACGUCACUUGAGAUAUCUGAGCAUGAUGUACGAGAACAUCCCUAGUCAAUAUCAAGAACAAGAAAUCAAUCGUCUCACUCUUGCUUACUUUGUUCUCUCUGGUUUAGACGUCCUCAAUGCCAUAGAUCUCGUUGAUAAGGAAGAAGUAGUGAAUUGGGUAUUGUCUUUUCAAGCACAUCCAAAAAGUACACCUGAUUUGGAAAACGGGUGUUAUUAUGGAUUCUAUGGUUCUAGAACGUCACAGUUUCCAGCAAACGAUGAUUUCCGGGAUUUGAGUCAUAGUGGUAGUAAUUUGGCGAGUACGUAUAGUGCGUUAGCGAUUUUGAAGAUAGUUGGGUAUGACUUGGAAAGUGUUGAUUCUGAAGCUAUGUUAGUUACGAUGAAACAUCUACAACAACCUGAUGGAAGUUUUAUGCCUAUUCAUACCGGUGCAGAGAAGGACCUCCGAUUUGUAUAUUGUGCUGCUGCCAUAUCAUCCUUGUUGAAUAAUUGGAGUGGGAUGGAUGUGGAGAAAGCCAAGGAAUAUAUAGUAAACUGUCAGUCAUAUGAUGGGGGAUUUGGUUUGGUUCCUGGAUUAGAAUCUCAUGGUGGUGCAACAUACUGUGCAGUUGCAGCUCUACGUUUGAUGGGAUUUAUUGAAGAUGAUGUUUUGUCCAAAGGGACAACAUCUUCUGUUAUCAAUGUGCAACCAUUGUUGGAAUGGUGCUUGCAGAGGCAAGCAAUUGAUGGUGGAUUUCAAGGCCGAGCAAACAAGGCGACUGACACAUGUUAUGCAUUUUGGAUUGGUGGCAUACUGAGAGUCUUGGGGGCUCAGAACUUCUAUGACAAUUCAGCACUACGAGAAUUUCUGCUUACCUGUCAAUCUAAGUAUGGUGGUUUCAGUAAGUUUCCAGCACAGCUUCCAGACCUAUACCAUGCCUACUUUGGGUUUGCUGCAUUUAGUCUGCUUGAGGAGCCUGGUCUUAACCCGCUCUGUAUUCAACUAGGUAUAACGGAUUUGGCUGCAAUUGGAACCUGAUCUAUGGUGUUAUUCAACCGUCUUGAGUUCCUGUCCCAUCCAACUCAUGUGCAGAUACUUUACCUGGAUCAAUCAAGAGUUUUGUGACUCCAUCACUUUGAUCACCGGGUUUAACUUGCAAUCUGAGGGUAUCAAUGAAAGUAAAUUCUCCAGUUUGACAUCAUCAGUUUGUUACCAGCUUUUCUGUAUUUUAAGCUUCCAUUUAAAAGCAUGGAUGUUGACUUGUCACUGUCAAUUGUUGAAAUAAAAUUUGAGAAUUGCUGUCA